CGAGCUGCAAGCGUUAUGGAUAGAACCGAGCUCCAACUGCGCUCUUACCGUGCCUUCCGAAUUAAACUCCUCAAUCUUUUCCAUGUCCAUUUCUUGCUGACCACGCCGUCAAUACCGGCUGCCUACUCGGACGGUGAAGCAGUUGUCCGCUGCAAAAGAUGCCGGGAACGUCGCGCAUGCCCGUCAGCCUGCGGGAGGGCUUCAACAAUGUCCGGAAGAGGUCGCGGGUGACUCGGGGCAACCCGUUGGAGAUGUUGAGCUUGGAUCUAGUUCGUAACAUCGUCUUCUUCCUCUUCGUUCUGCGCUGGACCCGCCGCGCGCUCUGGAAGCUAAAGGGUCGGGGUCUGCUGGGCACGCUUGCCGAGGUCUAUACCGAUGUGCGACGGGUCCUGUAUGGAUGGUUUCUCAGGAUGCCCGGCGUGCGCACCAAGGUGCGAAAACAGGUCGAUGAGGCGAUCGCCCAGGUCCAGUCCAAGAUCGUACCAGCGAACAUGACGCGGUACCUGACGCUGCCUAAGGAAGGGUGGGCCGAGGACGCUGUGCGAACCGAACUCGAGACCCUUGCCAAUAUGGACCACACACGCUGGGAGGACGGAUACGUCUCGGGCGCGGUGUAUCACGGCGAGGAUGACCUGCUGAAACUGCAGACUGAGGCGUAUGGCAAGUUCACGGUGGCGAAUCCGAUCCAUCCGGAUGUGUUUCCUGGCGUGAGGAAGAUGGAGGCCGAGGUGGUGGCCAUGGUGCUGAACCUGUUCAAUGCGCCGCCCGGGGCUGCGGGAGUGAGCACCAGUGGUGGAACAGAGAGUAUCCUGAUGGCCUGUCUGAGCGCAAGACAGAAGGCCUACGUCGAACGGGGCGUCACUGAACCGGAGAUGAUCCUUCCCGAAACGGCACACACAGCCUUCCGCAAGGCCGGCGAGUAUUUCAAGAUCAAGAUCCACCUGGUCGCAUGUCCGGCACCAAACUACCAAGUGGACAUGCGCCGUGUGUCCCGGCUCAUCAACAGCAACACCAUCCUCCUCGUCGGCUCUGCGCCAAACUUCCCGCACGGCAUCAUCGACGACAUUGCCGCGCUCUCCAAGCUCGCCCUCAAGAAGCGCAUCCCGCUCCACGUAGACUGCUGCCUCGGCUCCUUCCUGGUCCCCUUCCUCGACAAAGCCGGCUUCGAGACCGUCCCCUUCGACUUCCGCCUCAAGGGCGUCACCUCCAUCUCCUGCGACACGCACAAGUACGGCUUCGCGCCCAAGGGCAACAGCACCGUGCUCUACCGCACCCAGGCCCUGCGCACCUACCAGUACUUCGUCGACCCGUCCUGGUCUGGCGGCGUGUACGCGUCCCCGGGCAUCGCCGGCUCGCGGCCCGGCGCGCUGAUCGCCGCCUGCUGGGCCUCUCUCGUGUCGGUCGGCGAGGCCGGCUACCUGGCCUCGUGCGCCCAGAUCGUCGGCUCGACCAAGAAGCUGCUGCACCACAUCCAGACGCACCCGACCCUGUCGGCGGAGCUCGAGAUCCUGGGCAACCCGCUGGUGAGCGUGCUCGCGUUCCGGGCCAAGUCGCUGAACAUCUACGACAUCGCAGACGGCAUGAGCGCGCGCGGCUGGCACCUCAACGCGCUGCAGAACCCGGCGGCCAUGCACGUGGCCAUGACGCUGCCGCUGGCCAAGGUGUGGGAGCGGCUGGCCGCCGAUCUUGAGGCGGUCGUCGAGGCGGAGAGGGAAAAGGAGCGCGUGCGGCUGGUGGAGGGCAAGAAGACGCGGGGCGGCGCGGACAAGGGCGGGGAUGCGGCCGCGCUGUAUGGCGUCGCGGGCAGCCUGCCGAAUAAGAGCGUCGUGGUGGAUUUGGCGACGGGAUUCUUGGAUUUGUUGUACAAGGCAUAAGUGAUUCUUGU